UCCAACCCCCAACACAGCAGCGGCCGCUUGCGAACCUUGCUCGACUGAGCGACAGCCUGAGCGCCAUGGUGAAGCCACAGCUGCUGUACCACAACAACAUCCCCCCAGCGGCAGCAACGGCGGCCGGGAACCUGUCUGCACUACCGCGAAUCUCACCUAUGACAAUGCGUCCAUAGCGGCAUGCUCUUCCAGCCCAUCAUGCAGCAUCAGCACCAUUGCCAGCAUCAGCAACAUCUGCAGCAGUGGCAGCUCCAGCUGCAGCACCUGCCGCUGCGGCGGCAGCGACGUCAUCCACCCGCGGCGGCAUCAACCCCCGGCGACGUCGUCGCCGCCACGCCAGCAACCUCGCCCCGCUGCGGCAAGAUCGCUGUUGCUGCUGCUGCUGGCGGCGGCGGCGGCCUGUACGGCGGCGGCCGCGGCGACGGACGCCUACCUCAACCAGACCUGCACCAUGCAGUACCUGGACUCCGCACCACCCUGCACCAUCCUGGUGGCGUGUGCCGACUGCAUGGGUGGCUCCACACUACCCACAUGGACGGUGUACGUGCUACCAGAUCGAUCCACCACCACCGCCUCCAAAACUCGGAUCCUGUGCCCCACCUUCAGCCUAAAUGACGACUACAUAGCGGAGCUCAAAGUCAUCUUCAGGCUGGGGGACACGUGCCCACCGGACACCAGUACCUUGGAGUGCCUGAGCGUGCCUUCGCCGCCGCCGCCGCCCAAGCCGUCGCCACCCAGAUCGCCGUCGCCGCCGCCGUCACCGCCGCCGAUCUCCAGCCCUCCGCCGCCGCCGCCAAGCCCGACGCCGCCGCCAAGCCCUCCGGUGCCGCCGCUACCUUCACCGCCGCUGCCACGGCCGCCUGCCCCUGGAAACCCGCCGCUGCCGCCAAGCCCCAGCCCGCCGCCGCUGCCGCUGCCGCCGCCUAACCCGCCAAGCCCUCCCCAGCCGCCCCAGCCGCCCCCACCAGUGCCUCCGUUUUUUCCGGGAUACCUUUUCAAUAACGGGACGGAUGCAGUUAUACAGCUGCCACCGCCUCUGCAGGCACCACCGCCGAUACCUCCGUCCCCGCGCCCGCCGCCGCCACGGCUACCGCCAUUGCCGCCACAGCCGCCGCCACCACCGCCGCCACCCCCACCGCCGUCUCCCAGACUGCCGCCACCGCGGAUCCCAGCUCAGCCACCACUCGAAGUGUUAAGAUACUCUCCGCCGCCGCCGCCGCCAUCGCCACCGCCGCCACCGCCGCCGCUGAGCCAGACAAACAUCAACCCGGCACCAAGACCGCCGCCGCCACGGCCGCCGCCGCCACCUGCCGUACUGGUGUCGGUGCCUCCAGGAUAUCAGCUCUCCAGCUAUUACGGCGUCGCCUCAAAUCCCACAGCGGCGCGGCUCAAAGCAGUCUCAACUAAUAUUGCCGUACAACUGGGCUUGGAACCGGGCGCGGUGAGCAGCGGGGUGGCCAGCGCGUUCGUCGCGACGGUUUACUCCGUGUACACGUCUCCGGUGAAUCUCGCCAGUCGGCACCAUCGCCACCAUCGCCGGCGGCGGCGUGGUCUCCUCCAGGCCAAUACGACAUCUAACCCAUCCCUGCUGGCCGCCAACGCCUCAAUUGCAUCGCCGCCGCCGCCGCCGGCCGAAUCCCUCCGUCCGCCAUCACCAGCACCGUCAUUGCUACAGGUCCUGCUGCCCAGCAUUUGCUCCCAGCUGGAUGUGGCGGAUUGCAGCACCAUUCGCAUGGCCUGCGUGCGGCCCACCACCGACAUCUCCGGCGCCUUCCCAGCGCUCCCCUCCACCGCCACCGGCUACACCGACAACUGCAGCGCCCGCGUAAGCACCGUCUUCUACAUCAACGACCUGAGCCAGCAGGCACCACUGGCGCUAAAACUGCUCACCACACAGGUGACUGUCCCCGGCUACGAGAUUGUGUCCCCGGACAGCACCAGCGAGCUGCCCGUGUCCUCCGCAGUGCUCGUCAACAUCACCAACACGGGCACCACCACCCUGACCGUGUCAGAUCAGGCGGUGGCUAGGUCCAUGGGGUCCACGUUGGGGCUGACGGGAAGCCAGGUCGUCAUCGUCACGGGUGCUGACGGUUUCACCAACGGCGCCAGCAGCUACGUGGUGUCGCAGGUGCCCUCGCCGCCCCCCCCGCCGGGUGCGCUCUGUGAGGACCCCCGGUUGGGCAGUCUGUGCGGUGCGGAGGCGGUGGGGGCCAUUGUGGGCAUCAUCGCGGGAGGCCUCCUGUUGCUGGCGCUGCUAGUGACCCUGGCGUUCUGCCUGAUUGGCAGGAGCCGUCAGCCGGUUCUGCCGCUGGACGACUACGCCUGGGUGCAGAAGUACGCGCCUGUGACGCCGGGCAUGUCGGCCGCUUACGCGCCGCCGGUGUUUCGCGCAUCGCCCUACUCCGUCGACUUGAACCAGCCCGCUUACUAUUACGGCACCGCCGUCAUUCGGGAGCGCAAAACGUCGCGGUCGUCCAGCGCCACGACGGCACGGCAUCGUAAAGUCGCCAUACCGAUAUUAGCAGCUCUCAAGGCGACGGUUAAUACCCGGUCCUUGGGACCUGUUGCGGGUGAGCCCAAGACCGCUUUCCAGAAGGGCGGUGAAUUCUUCCACAAAGCUGUCGGGGCUUCCUCUUCCUUAAUAGCGCCGUUGGUUGAAAUUGACAUCACGGCCUGCAACAAUCCGAUCUAUUUUGUUAGUAUGCGGUCCACCUCUCACGGCCAGCAGCUGGUGCUGGUGGGCGGCUGCGAGGCGCUGGGCAACUGGGACGUUAAGAAAGGUGUCGAGUUCUCUUGGUGUGAGGGUCACAGCCACACUGCCGAAGUCGAGCUGCCCAUCCACUCCCACAUACCCUGCAAGCUGGUGGUGGUGGGACAUGGCAACCAGGCCUUAUGGGAGCCGGGUGACAAUCGCGAGCUCCUCCUGGCGCCCUCAUCUCUGGCAAGUCGCGCUGCAGGGUACACCGUUCUGUGUCACUGGGGCUACCCGGACUGCUCCCAGGUGCUGGCUAACAACCUGAGGCGGGGGGGCAACGGUAGCGGCAGCGGCACAAGUACGACAGGCCAACGGGCCAACCACCAACGGUCUUCUGCCCAUUCUGCAUCCGGUGACAACCCCAUCAUCGCGGGCGUCAAGAAGGCGCUGGCGCAUGCGAGCUCCCGGGACCAUUUCGCAGUCCUCCCUGGCGCCACCUCUUCCUGGGAGGGGGUGGUGGUGGAGGGGGAGGGGGAGGACGCCGGGGCAGUGCUCGUGCAGUGUCAGACAGGGUUUCCAUGCGGCCCCACGCGGCGGCCUAUCUUACGCGACGUGACGUCGCAGCUCAAGUCCCCCGAUCAAACCCUGGUGCUGGUGGGCAGCAGCCCGGCGCUAGGUCGCUGGGAUCCCGCCCAGGGUCUGCCCCUGGAGCGGUGUGGCGAGGAAGACUCUCCCAUGUGGGUGUCGCAAACGGAGUUGCCGCUGGGGGAGGGGCUGCAGGCCAAGGUGGUGGUGGUGGACUCCCUGACGGGUCAGGCUCAGGUCUGGGAGCCCUGCGAGAACCGCUCCCUGACCCCCGUGCAGAGCUCGGGGGCGGGGGCGGGGGGAGGAGCGGUGGGAGGUUCCCGUCCCGUCAUGAUCACCGCGUACUGGGGCAAUCCGACCACACACUGCCUGGAGGUGGAUAGGCUCACCGCAGCGGGAGCAGCCAGCAGCCUCCAGGUCGUACAGUUGUUACGGCAGCAGCUGGCCUCCACCUCCUCCCAGUUGGAGGGCCUACGGCGGGAGCGUGACGAGGCGAAGAGGGCCUUAUCCGCCGGGGAGGAGCACAAGCGGCAGCUGGAGGGGGCGGCUAAGACGAUGGAACGCAGCAAUGGUGGUGGUGGUGGUGGCAGCAACAUCGUCAGUUUGCAGGGUCGUCAGGACAUGAUGCAGCUGGCGCAGCAGCUUCAGACCACCAGGAAGUUGUACGACGUCACCAAGAAGGAAGCGAUGGAGCUGGGGGGCAGCGUGGGGGUCACUCGUCAGCUAUGUGACGCGGCUAAGCGCGAGCUGGCAAGUCUAGCGACUCAGCUGGAGGCGGCCAAGCGAGCUUAUGAGGCCUUAGCUCCCCAGGUUGAGCGAAUGGAGAAGCAGCUAGCUGUGACGAGUCGGGCGUUUGAUGCUACAAAGCCCGAGCUGUUGGCUCUGGAAACGCAACUUGAGAGGGCCAGGAACCUGUUCGACAGGACACUUCAGAAGAUUGAGUCAGCCAAGGCGCUGACUUCCAGCGGAGACCUGGAUCCGGUGUCGGCGGCUGCGGUAGUCCGUCGAGUCCGCAGCGGCAGCAGCGGAGAGGCCGCAGCGGCGGUCCGCAGCGGCGCGGCGGCGACGCGAGAGGUGCAGUUCGCUAAGCGCUGA